AUGGCUGACACAACCUCUCCAGAAUGGAAAGGCGAUGAUAUAUUUUGCUUUUAUGUAUUGCCUAUUUAUCUUCAUAAAAGCUGGCAAGCAGUGGGAUCUGGUACCCAAAGCAGAGAUCUGAAGCCAUGGAUGACUGCCCUUCUUGUUGUGUUAUUACUGGCAGUGGUGGCAGUGACCAUCGGUCUUCUGGCUCACUUCUUAGUCCCUGGUGAGAAAAUAGAGUACUAUCAUGGCACCUUUAAAAUCUCCAAUUUACGGACCGAUAGCAAUUCUGGACAAAGUAACACACACCAACUUAAGGACCUACGGGAGAUGAGUGAAACUUUGGUGGAUGAGAUAUUUAUAGAUUCGACCUUGAACAAGCAUUAUAUCAAGAACCAUGUAGUCAGACUGACUCCAGAGGAAGAUGGUGUGAAAGCAGAUGUUAUUAUGGUGUUCCAGUUCCCUUCUACUGAGCAAAGGACAAUAAGAGAGAAGAAAAUUCAUAGCAUCUUACAUCAGAAGAUAAGGAAUAUAAGAGCCUUGUCAAUAAAUGCCUCAUCUGUUCAAGUUAAUGCAAUGAGCUCAUCAACAGGGAAGCUAACUGCCCAAGCAUGUUGUGGUAAACGAGUUGUUCCAUCAAUAGUUAACAGAAUAAUGUCUGGAGACAUUGCAGCCAAGGGUGCCUGGCCUUGGCAAGCUUCUCUUCAGCGAAACAAUGACCAUCAGUGUGGGGCUACCCUGAUUAGCAAUACAUGGCUUGUCACCGCAGCACACUGCUUCAAGAAUAAUGCAAAUUCACAUCAAUGGACUGUUAGUUUUGGAACAACAAUCAACCCUCCCUUAAUGAAAAGAAGUGUGAAAAGAAUUAUUGUCCAUGAGAAAUACCGCUCCCCAGCAAGAGAGUAUGACAUUGCUGUCGUGCAGUUCUCUCCCAGAGUCACCUUCUCAGAUGACAUACGCCGGAUCUGUUUGCCAGAAGCCUCUGCAUCCUUCCGACCAAAUUCGACUGUCUAUAUCACAGGAUUUGGAGCACUGUACUAUGGUGGGAAAUCCCAAAACUGUCUCCGAGAAGCCAGACUGAAAAUCAUCAGUAACGACGUGUGCAAACAACCACAGGUGUAUGGCAAAGACAUAAAAUUUGGAAUGUUUUGUGCUGGAUAUCUGGAAGGAAUUUAUGAUGCCUGCAGGGGUGAUUCUGGGGGACCUUUAGUUGCGAAGGACCAAAAAGAUACUUGGUAUCUCAUGGGAAUUGUGAGCUGGGGAGAUAACUGUGGUCAAAAGAACAAACCUGGAGUCUACACACAAGUGACUUAUUACCGAAACUGGAUUGCUUCAAAAACAGGCCUCUAAUUCAUUGUAAAAGU